CACAAGAUGGCGGCCCCAGGAGCCCCAAGAGCCCCAGGAGCCCCGGGGAGGCGGCCGCCUGUCAACCUUGGGCUCUAGUAUCGGGCUGGAGUUCGGAGACAGGCUCCGCUCAAGUGGCAGGAAGCUCGAACGGUGCUACUGCGCCUCGUGGGGUGCCAGGCCCGCUUGGUGCUGCCCCGGGGCCCUCUGCCUCCCCCGCCCUGCCCCGGGGCGGAACUGGAGGAAGGUCAGAACCCGCCGCCCCGCCCCAUCCCUCCCCAAGUCACUGGCAGUCGCUCUUUUGUGGGUGGCUCACUGUUAACUUUGAUUUCAGCCACGUGCACCUUCAUGGCGGCCUCGCAGGACCCGGGGGAGAAGAUUAGCAUCCAGGCGGGAGAGACGGCCGGGGACGGGGAGCUGCUGGGGAACGACUGUCUGGAAUGGGACAGGCCCCUCCCGCGCUCCUGGAGGCAGAAGUGCGCGUCCUAUGUGCUGGCCCUGCGGCCCUGGAGCUUCAGUGCCUCACUCACCCCGGUAGCCCUGGGCAGUGCCUUGGCCUAUAGAUCCCAGGGCUACCUGGAUCCCAGGCUGUUGGUGGGUUGUGCCGUGGCAGUUCUGGCUGUGCACGGGGCUGGCAAUUUGGUCAACACUUACUAUGACUUUUCCAAGGGCAUUGACCACAAAAAGAGUGAUGACAGGACCCUGGUGGACCGGAUCUUGGAACCCCAGGAUGUUGUCCGGUUUGGAGUCUUCCUCUACACUUUGGGCUGUGUCUGUGCCGCUUGCCUCUACUACCUGUCCCCUCUGAAGCUGGAGCAUUUGGCUCUCAUCUACUUUGGAGGCCUGUCUGGCUCCUUUCUCUACACAGGAGGCAUUGGAUUCAAGUACGUGGCCCUGGGAGACCUGGUCAUCCUCAUCACCUUCGGCCCGCUGGCCGUGGUGUUCGCCUACGCCGUCCAGGUGGGGUCCCUGGCGGUCUUCCCGCUGGUCUACGCCGUCCCGCUCGCCCUCAGCACCGAGGCCAUCCUGCACUCCAACAACACCAGGGACAUGGAGUCCGACCGCCAGGCGGGCAUCGUCACGCUGGCCAUCCUCAUCGGGCCCACCCUGUCCUACGUGCUCUACAACACGCUGCUCUUCCUGCCCUACCUGGUCUUCAGCAUCCUGGCCACGCACUGCAGCAUCAGCCUGGCCCUGCCGCUGCUCACCAUCCCCAUGGCCUUUUCCCUGGAGAGGCAGUUCCGGAGCCAGACUUUCAACAAACUGCCCCAGCGGACCGCCAAGCUCAACCUCCUGCUGGGGCUGUUCUACGUCUUCGGCAUCAUCCUGGCGCCGGCGGGCAGUCUGCCCCGCCUCUGAGGGGACCAGGAGCUGCUCUGUCACCCCGCGCCCCUCGGCGUGUCUCCUGGGCAGGGGGAGCGUCUCAGGGGACAAGGCGAUUUGAGAAUGAGGGGCCUAAGGGUGGCUUGUGAACUCCCACCUUUUUUAAAUUAUUAAGUUCUUAAAGAUAACGUUUUUUGUUUUUGUUUUCUGUUUCACGGUGAAUCUUAAAGCCACUCUGGUGUCAGCUGGUGAACUGGCUGCUUGGCCCUUGUUUCAUUGAUGCUUUCCACUAGAGGGUGCUGUGGGGUCACUUUAAAGUGGACUGGAGGGCCCUGAGGCUGGGGAGGAGCCACCUGAGCUGGCCUCCAGUCUCGAAAGGGCGGCAGUAACCCGGCCACGUGUCCCCCUGUUAUCUCGGUCCUGAAGGGUAAGGUAAUGACUGGUGUCAGGCCCCGUGAUCCCGAGAGCACCUGUCUCUUGCUCUGAGCCACUGCCUGAGAGGGUCCCUCAUUAACAGCCGAACUUGGCUCCCGGCUAUUUGCCCAAAUUGUGAUGCAGGGACUUUUGUCCUUCGUCUCCGCUUUCUCUUCCCGCCACAGUCAAGGAAGAAUGUCAGAUCACCCUGCAGCCAUACAAUCAAGCUAGUGACUGGCAAGGAAAAAAAAAACCCACCCCUGGGGCAGCUGAGAAAAUCGUGCUCCAGGAUGGAAGUCGGUAGUUCCCCCUUGUGGAGCCCGCUGGGGUCGCCGGAGGACUCCCAGCCCUCUCAGUAACCUCGGGGAGCCCUGGAGUUGUGGGGACGCUGCCCUCCCCGCCAGCUGCGUUCAGCCCACAAGGCCUCUUGGUGCCCCGCCCCCGCCACCUCCCUCAGUGCUCCCUGAUGACUGUUCGUGUGUCUCCCGUCCCUGGAGCCUGACCGCUGGGGCAGCAGCUCAGCACCUGAGUCAGGGACAGCUGCCACCUUGCACCGGGCCACAGCACAGGAUGAGCAGACCUGGGCCGGCAGCUCCUCCGUGGAGGAACAAGCCAGCAGACAGCCAGUCCUGGCCCCGUUCAGACGCACGGCGGGCCCUGCCGGGGAGGGCCCGUGUCUCUCUCCGUGACGGCAGAGCUGCUGCGCUGGCCUGCGUCUCCCAGAGGCUCCAGGUGCCCGUGGGAAGGUGGGUCGCACCCAGGGUGGGGGAGUUCCGACGCUGAUCAGAGUUGCUUUCCAUUUCAUUGCCUCCGAAGUAUAGCUUCUGGCCUGCGUUUGCUCUGAGACUGAAACACAUCGAGGCCAUUCUUACAUUUUCCUGUUGCAGUGAUAACCAUUCUGAUGGCUGUUUCAGGCGCUUGACCUGCAGAAAAUGACAUCGAGUUCGUUCUUCAUCCUUCAGGUCAGCUGAUUAUAUGAUUUGGCUCCUUGAGUUGGAGUUAGUCAGCUUACUUGGGCAGAACCUGCCUGGGAGCUGCAGGAGUUCCUGUGGGUCGUCUGUCUGCAGAGACUGGAGUCCUCGAGUAGUGGUCGGGGCCCCGUCACAAGGAAAUGGCCCUUCCCGCCUGCCUUUGUCCCCAGCACCACGUCUGUUCUCACCAGGCUCGUGGCCUGUUGGUGCUCACGGGGUCCUGCCCUCAGAGACCAGCUCUUCCCACAGGGCGCACUCCGUGGCGGUACGACCAAGAGCUGUCUGCAGGCCAGACCACCUUUGGGAGCGCUCCUGUCGGGGUGUCAGCCUCUGCGUUGCGUCCUGGUGCAGAUUUUAAUGCAUAUUCUUAUACACAAAUGUUUCUAAAAUGCCACACUUGGCACCAGGUUUUAUACGCAGGUCGCCGUAAUUUGUAUCACAUCCCCUGAUUCAAUGACAAUUUUCUUUAGACUUGUUAAUAAAAAACAUAUUUAUCAGUU